AUGUUCUACUCGCAUCAACUCCUCGCAAGAAAAGCUCCUCUCGGUCAGAUCUGGAUGGCAGCUACAAUGCAUGCCAAGAUCAACCGGAGGAAGCUCGACAAGCUCAACAUCAUCAAGAUCUGUGAAGAAAUACUUAAUCCGAGUGUCCCGAUGGCUCUCAGACUCUCCGGCAUUCUCAUGGGCGGCGUGGUGAUCGUAUACGAGAGGAAGGUGAAGCUCUUAUACGAUGACGUUCAUCGACUGCUGGUAGAGAUAAACGAGGCGUGGAAGGUGAAGGCCAGGGCCGAUCCCACUGUUCUUCCCAAAGGGAAAACCCAAGCCAAGUACGAAGCUGUUACGCUGAAGGAUGAUAACGGCGGAGAGAUGGAAGCUGGUGACCACGAGCAAGCCCUCCACUACUCCAGCACAACUGCCGAAACUACCAGAAUCCCGAACGCCAGCUAUUUCCCCAUGGGACUCGACUAUGUGAGUGAAACCUACAUCAAUAUUAAUCCUGAUGAAGACAACCUCACCCAAGAUCACCACCAAGAUGUUCCCCUCUCCGACGAAAUCAAAGACCCACGGCAGGAACCACAAGAUCACCAGCAGCCAGAUGGAUUCAGAAACAUAGCUGAAAAGCGACGGCCCACAAAACGGAAGACAAGGCCAAGAACUGUCCACAUUAUUAUGGAUGAUGAGCUAACCAUCAUUCCCGGUAAUAUCUACCAGUCUUGGCUUCAUGAUGCUUCAGACAUCGUCUCAAGAAGAGGAAGACGGAAGAAGCGACUAAAUCCAUUACUGUCUAUGAAGACCAGUGACCUUAUGGAGCUGCCACCCGUGGCCUUAAUUUCUAGUUUGGCAAAUGUUACUGGUGAAAUAUAUUAUCCCAAGCCUCUUUUGGAGUUAUGGAGGAAAUCUACCAGGCCACAGACUGCCCAUGAUUCACCUUCAAGAAGAAUGUCGCCACCACAACCUCCAAAACCAUCAUGGCCGUCACCACCAAAGAGAGCACAUCCUCAAGACCCACCUGAAUUUCCAAUGGAAGAUUUCCAAAGUGGAACCGGGUUUCAGCAGUUUCAACCCUCCAUAGAGAAGCUUAGGAACAACCUUGGCAAUAUCGAACAAGAAGCACUCGAGGAAGCACUGAAAGUGAACCAGUUUGCGACACCGGGGAGUUCUGAAUAUGCUGUCCGAUCCAUACCCAGCUCUGGAUCUGGACAUAGUUUCCUGCAAAUGGAUGCGGAGGUCCAACUGCAUUCAGGAAGAUCAAAAAAGCGGCAGCAUUCGUCGUCAUCCGGACAUAGUUUGGGCGGCCUUGAUCCGGUCGACGAGGAGAUCCCGUGGAGGCAGAAGGGAAGAGAUCCCAAGCUCAAAAGGCUGUCGGAGAAUGGUCUUACUCCUGAUUUGGAGCUGUUGGAAGAAACUGCGCCAACUCAGACCGCAAAUCCAAUGUCCGAACCAUCAAUGAAUGAAAUCACUCGCUCCAUCAAAACGCACCUAAAGUUGCACUUUGACACCCCCGGCGCUCCUCAAGUGGAGUCGCUCGAUCAGCUGGCAUCUGGAAUGAACCGAAGGAAAGCAGCCCAACUCUUCUACCAGACAUGUGUUCUGGCUUCAUCUGAUUUUCUGAGAGUUGAACAGACAGUGGCAUAUGGAGACAUCUCCAUUUCUAGAGGACCCAAGAUGUGAUAAUGAAAGGUAGAGGUGAAAGAAGAGCCCUCAACUUCACUUGGCUCUUCUUAUUUGUUUACUCUGAGAUUGGUUCACACGUGUGUUUUUCAUUAGUUUUCACCUCUUGUAUUCAUUUCUACUACAUCAUCAUCCUCCCAUGAUUAUGAAGACAGCCACACGUGUU